UUGAAGCUGUAGUGUUCUGAUUCACGCUCAAAUCUGCAGCGGUUCGUCUGUGACUCUAAACACAAAAAAUAUAUAUCUGAACAAAUUAAUCCGCUUUAUUUCUUCUGCAACACUUCAAGUAACAUCGGGAGACUCUAUUCAAGCCUUCAAAUCCGUUCUGAGUGUGAAUACCCGAACAGGGGGAGAAUGUUCUGCAGCCCAUAAUGGGCGGUAGUGGGUCUAAAGGUAAAGGUUACUGGCCGUUCUCUGGUUUGGGUGGCGGCGAUGAACCUGCCAAAGACGGCCUAGAUCAGAGUCUGGCCAGGGUGCGGAGCAUCCGAAAUGCAACGCCUUUCGUGUUUACCAGGAAGAGCUCUUUGUACUUCGAUGAAGACGGCGACCUGGCUCACGAGUUCUACGAGGAAACGGUAGUGACUAAAAACGGCCGUAAGAAAGCCAAACUAAAACGAAUCCACAAGAAUCUCAUACCUCAGGGAACCAUAAGGUUGGAUCACCCUUGCAUCCAUGUUGAUUUUCCAGUCGUCAUCUGUGAGGCUUGACGCCAUUGUUUGCCUCCUGCGAAGAUUCCGUCCUUCCUCAUUUUCCUCCCAACCGCUGGAUCCUGGACACGCUUGCUGUGUGGCGCCCCCUAAGUUUGGGAGGGCUCAAUGCGUGUUGUGUGGAAUCCCAACAAACAGACCGCAAGAUAUUCUGGCUGCCUGAGAAGAGGCCACGGCCUGAUAAUGAUGUCCUGACUCUACGUUUCUUGUAAUCUGCCACAUGUAUGUCUUAAAGACUAUUAUUAUGGGCUGUACGGCCAAGACACUAAGUGUGGUUUGUAUAUGAGUGUAUGAGUGUUUGUUUGACAUAUAUAUAUGGUCAUAGAAGUAGAGAAUAUUUAGCAAUGUUUGACUUUAUCAGGAGCAGGUCAUGAAGUCAAGCUGAAUGAUCAGGUUGUAUUUGAAUGCUUUAAUCAGUGGGCAUUGCCAAAGCAAAACUUCACAGAUCAUUGCAGUUAGGAUUAGUACAUUUUAAACUACAGCCUUACAUUUUGCAUGUAGUCCCUAUACACGUGAAUCUGCUUUCUUUUCAGCCAGUAGGGGAGAAUCAAUGGCUGUUUACCACGCUGUGAUUUGUUAUUGCUGAGUGGAUGAUGAGAAUGCUGCCAGUCCUUGAUUGGAUGAUUGAGUCACUGAGUGACAUAGUGCUGCCAAUCACUGUGAGAAGCCCCGCCCCUCUCACUGUAGAGGCAGUCUUUAUUUAUUACUGUUGAAAUGAUAAUGGCAUUAAAGAAAAUACCACCUCUAAAUGUA